GACCCUCCUCCUCCAAUGUCUAACAGAUUGGAGUAUUCAAAACCGAGAGAAGUGCCUGUUUUCAACUUUUUACAAACACUGAUUAUUAGUUAUUUGGAGAGCACAAGACUACUGCUUUGAAUUCUAACAAAUAAAAAAAACGGCUAUAGACCAACCUGUCUAAUUGACAAAUAUAUUAUAGGCUACGGAACACAUUUUCAUGGUGCUCUCUUUAUUUGCUCCUACUGGAGUAAGGAAAAGGUGUUCGUAACCAGUGCUGAAUGUCACCUCCAGUUCCAAUGGAUUAUAACCAGACCAUGGCUCCUCCAGUGCCGCCGCACAAACCCAAAACUUCCCGGCCAUUCCAGGCUCAGGAGCGGGUGUUGAAGUGUGUUCUACUCGGCGAUGGAGCGGUUGGGAAGACCAGCCUAGUUGUCAGCUACACAACGAAUGGCUAUCCAACGAAGUACGUCCCCACUGCGUUUGAUGACUUUUCAGCGGUGGUGCAGGUGGAUGGACACCCUGUGAGGCUACAGCUCUGUGACACUGCUGGACAGGAUGAAUUCGAUAAGCUCCGUCACUUCUGCUACUCGCGCACCGACGCCCUCCUCCUCUGCUUCAGCGUGGUCAGCCCUGCCUCCUUCCAGAACGUCUGGGAGAAGUGGGUCCCAGAGAUCCGCCGGCGCUGCCCGCUCACGCCCAUGCUGCUGGUGGGAACCCAGUGUGACCUGCGCGAGGACGUCAAGGUGCUGAUCGAGCUGGCCCGGCGGAGGGAGAGGCCGGUGGCCGAGGUGGACGCCCGCGCCCUGGCGGACAAAGUGGGCGCCGUGGCGUACGUGGAGUGCUCGGCGCUCACCCAGAAGAACCUGAAGGAGGUGUUUGACGCGGCCAUUGCCGUGGGGAUGAAGCACGCCGAUAGGAGGGCGCGGCGGGAGAGGAAGGUGCGCAGCACGGCCGAUAAGAUGAAGACACUGUCCAAGUCGUGGUGGAAGAAGUACGUCUGUGUCCAGUAGAGGGAGAAGAGGAGAGGGAUAUUGACUAAGACUAUGAAACUGGGACUGGAAACGUGUUCAGAUGAGCCUAUGUUGUUCAAACGGAUUGAAGGACUUCUGUCUUAGCUCCUCUCAGAUGACCCCAUGUUUUCAAAAUUAGGGUUGCAAAAUACCGGGAACUUUCAAUAAACUCCCUGGUUUUCCCGAAAUCCCAGUUGGACGAUUCCCAAAAUCAGAAGGGAAUAAGCAGGGAAUCCAGAAUCUGCCAACUAGAACUUCAGGAAAACCUGGGAAUUUUUUUAAAGUUCAGGGAAUUUUGCGACCCUAGUCAAAAUGAAUGACCAAGGACCUACGGCUUAGUGGAGUGAGGGGGUGGACUGGGGAGUGAGAGUGUCUCAAGUUGGAGGAGAUCCACUGAUUGGUUGAUUGCAAAGAGACUGACAGAGUUGUGCUCCAACCACUCCCUGUCUGCUUGAGCUGGUCUGAACUCUAACCUUUGAGCAGAGUGCUGUCACAGAAGAUCAAGGGGUAAAACCAUCAACGUGAUUGACAAUACAAUGGAGCAAAGAGCGAGUUGAACUCGGAGCAAUAAUGACUUUUAUAUGAACUGAUGGGUGGGGAGGGGAAAAGACUGGGAUGUACUCUUAUACGCCACCCUUUAAAAAAUGUUUCAAAUACUUUAUCAUGCUGUGCUGCAUAGAGUAUGUAUUCCCCCCGUCGUCAUACCUUAUAUAUGUUCACAUCUUUUAUGCCAUCCACAUGACUCUGUAAUCAAACAGCCGAUAGAUCUCAUUGGUAGAGCUAGACGGAAACAAACCGAGGGAUUAACGUGGAAUUCAACUCAAACUCAAACGGCGCUACUAUACGAAUACAACUACAAUACGUUCACAUCUACAAUCGUAUCAAUUGCAUUUACAGACAAGACUUUAGAGGUAUUGAUAAGGGACUUUUCCACCUGGCCGUAGUCAUCACUGUCAGCAGCAUGACCUGGCCCCAUGGUCCUCUGGUGGUGGUCACUCUGUCAUUGCCAUUAAGCCAGGGGGUGGAGGGUUAAGCCUGGUGUGUGUGUGCGUGUGUUUAUGUGUGCGUAUUUAUGUGUGUGCGUGUUUAACCACAUGACCAACUGAGGUCUCUAGCCCAGGUUGUGUCUGUCUGCUGCAGCGUUACACUGUGUCUGUUGAUACAGCUGCUGCCACUGUUAGCAGACCACACAGUGAGGGACUGGGUUCCCCAGACAGAAAAGUGCUCCUCAUCAAUACACAUUAAUGGUCAGACCUCCAAUAGCCACUCCUCAACUGAUGGGAGUCUGUAAACUGCUGAAAGCGUUGUCUCACUCUGUCAGAGUGAGGAGAUUAGAUUGAGGAACACAAGGUCAUGGAGUGGUGCCACUGUAAAUUGCACUUAUCACGCUUAGCCCAAAUACAUUGUUGGUGUCGUGCCAAUGAUGCCAGGCGAAUGGCCUUUAGACUGCACAGUGUCUGUCUCUCUUUGUCAUUUGAAAUGUUUGAUUUUCACCCUUCUGUGAGAGUCUCAAGGUUUUCACUCCACUGUUGAUCACUACAUUUUUGUAAUUACAGUACUAUAAGCCCAAAUAUUGAGUUCACUGGCUCUCGUUCUCCUCUCCAGCAGCCUUAUGAUAACGGGGCGAAUCGCCAACGAAACCAAUUGUAUUUGCUUCUUAUUUUUCAGAAGCCUGUCUGUAUGCUCUCUGUGUGUAUCCCUCUAUUUGGGGCAUCAACUAUAAAAUGCACAGCCACUGAUCAACCCUACAAACAAAUGUAUAAGAAAUGAAAUGUAUAUUUUGUCUAACAAUGUUUUGUUUUUUUUCAGGGUAAUUGUGUACAUUUUGGUCUGUAUCCGUCACAAAACACCCUAAAUGGUACAGAAUGAGACAGAAGUGUUUCACUCGCUGUCAAGGACUGUUUAUAAAAGCAACAGAGAUCGAAAUAAAUGUGAAAUCUUAACAAAAACA